GGUUGGAUUUUUCCCGUGGAUCUAUCAAUUCACAAUUCGAAUUUGGAAGAAAGAAGGAAAACAUGACGUCUCCAGCCAAAUUCAAAAAGGAUAAGGAGAUCAUAGCAGAGUACGAUACUCAGGUCAAAGAGAUCCGUGCUCAGCUCACAGAGCAGAUGAAAUGCUUGGACCAGCAGUGUGAGCUCCGUGUGCAGCUAUUGCAGGACCUGCAGGACUUCUUCCGAAAGAAGGCUGAGAUUGAGAUGGACUACUCCCGCAACCUGGAGAAGCUGGCCGAGCGCUUCCUGGCCAAAACACGCAGCACCAAGGACCAGCAAUUCAAGAAGGAUCAGAAUGUUCUCUCACCAGUCAACUGCUGGAAUCUCCUCUUAAACCAGGUGAAGCGGGAGAGCAGGGACCACACCACCCUGAGUGACAUCUACCUGAAUAAUAUCAUUCCUCGGUUUGUCCAAGUCAGCGAGGACUCAGGAAGACUCUUCAAAAAGAGUAAAGAAGUCGGCCAGCAGCUCCAAGAUGAUUUGAUGAAGGUCCUGAACGAGCUCUACUCGGUCAUGAAGACAUAUCACAUGUACAAUGCCGACAGCAUCAGUGCUCAGAGCAAGCUAAAGGAGGCAGAGAAGCAGGAGGAGAAGCAAAUCGGUAAAUCGGUCAAGCAGGAAGACCGGCAGACCCCACGCUCGCCUGACUCCACAGCCAACGUCCGCAUUGAGGAGAAGCAUGUCCGGAGGAGCUCAGUGAAGAAGAUUGAAAAGAUGAAGGAGAAGCGCCAAGCCAAGUACACAGAGAAUAAGCUGAAGGCCAUUAAAGCCCGGAAUGAGUACUUACUGGCUUUGGAGGCAACCAACGCAUCUGUCUUCAAGUACUACAUCCACGACCUGUCUGACCUUAUUGAUCAGUGCUGUGACCUGGGCUACCAUGCCAGCCUGAACCGGGCUCUGCGCACCUUCCUCUCUGCUGAGUUAAAUCUGGAACAGUCAAAGCAUGAAGGGCUGGAUGCCAUCGAGAAUGCGGUAGAAAACCUGGACGCUACCAGCGACAAGCAGCGCCUCAUGGAGAUGUACAACAACGUCUUCUGCCCCCCUAUGAAGUUUGAGUUCCAGCCCCACAUGGGGGACAUGGCUUCCCAGCUCUGUGCCCAGCAGCCUGUCCAGAGUGAGCUGGUGCAGAGAUGCCAACAACUGCAGUCUCGCUUAUCCACUCUAAAGAUUGAGAAUGAAGAGGUAAAGAAGACAAUGGAGGCCACCCUGCAGACCAUCCAGGACAUCGUGACCGUCGAGGAUUUUGAUGUGUCUGACUGCUUCCAGUACAGCAACUCCAUGGAGUCCGUCAAGUCCACGGUCUCGGAAACCUUCAUGAGCAAGCCCAGCAUUGCUAAGAGGAGAGCCAACCAGCAAGAGACAGAGCAGUUUUAUUUCACGAAAAUGAAGGAGUACCUGGAGGGCAGGAACCUCAUCACCAAACUACAAGCCAAGCAUGACCUUCUGCAGAAAACCCUAGGAGAAAGUCAGCGGACAGAUUGCAGUCUAGCCAGGCGUAGCUCAACUGUGAGGAAACAGGACUCCAGCCAGGCAAUUCCUCUGGUGGUAGAAAGCUGUAUCCGGUUCAUCAGCAGACAUGGACUGCAGCAUGAAGGAAUUUUCCGGGUGUCAGGAUCCCAGGUGGAAGUGAAUGACAUCAAAAACGCCUUUGAGAGAGGAGAGGACCCCCUGGCUGGAGACCAGAAUGACCACGACAUGGACUCUAUAGCUGGUGUCCUGAAACUUUAUUUCCGGGGGUUGGAACACCCUCUCUUCCCCAAGGACAUCUUUCAUGACCUGAUGGCGUGUGUCACAAUGGACAACCUGCAGGAGAGAGCUCUGCACAUUCGGAAAGUCCUCCUGGUCCUGCCCAAAACCACUCUGAUUAUCAUGAGAUACCUCUUUGCCUUCCUCAAUCAUUUAUCACAGUUCAGUGAAGAGAACAUGAUGGACCCCUACAACCUCGCCAUCUGCUUCGGGCCCUCGCUGAUGUCAGUGCCGGAGGGCCACGACCAGGUGUCCUGCCAAGCCCACGUGAAUGAGCUGAUCAAAACCAUCAUCAUCCAGCAUGAGAACAUCUUCCCAAGCCCCAGGGAGCUGGAGGGCCCUGUCUACAGCAGAGGAGGAAGCAUGGAGGAUUACUGUGACAGCCCUCAUGGAGAGACUACCUUGGCUGAAGACUCAACCCAGGAUGUGACCACAGAGCACCACACGAGUGAUGACGAAUGUGAGCCCAUAGAGGCCAUUGCCAAGUUUGACUACGUGGGCCGGACAGCCCGAGAGCUGUCCUUCAAGAAGGGGGCAUCCCUGCUGCUUUACCAGCGGGCUUCCGACGACUGGUGGGAAGGCCGGCACAAUGGCAUCGACGGACUCAUCCCCCAUCAGUACAUCGUGGUCCAAGACACCGAGGACGGUGUCGUGGAGAGGUCCAGCCCCAAGUCUGAGAUUGAGGUCAUUUCUGAGCCACCUGAAGAAAAGGUGACAGCCAGAGCGGGGGCCAGCUGUCCCAGUGGGGGUCAUGUAGCCGAUAUUUAUCUUGCAAACAUCAACAAGCAAAGGAAACGUCCAGAAUCUGGAAGCAUCCGGAAAACAUUUCGGAGUGACUCCCAUGGGUUGAGCAGUUCCCUGACUGACUCCUCCUCCCCGGGGAUGGGGGCUAGCUGCCGCCCAUCCUCCCAACCCAUCUUGAGCCAGAGUCUCCCCAAAGAAGGGCCAGAAAAGUGUUCCAUCAGUGGGCACGGGAGCCUCAACUCCAUCAGCCGCCAUUCAUCCCUGAAGAAUCGGCUGGACAGUCCCCAGAUCCGGAAGACUGCCACAGCAGGAAGGUCAAAAAGCUUCAAUAACCAUCGGCCCAUGGACCCCGAGGUCAUUGCACAGGAUAUCGAGACAACGAUGAACUCGGCCCUGAACGAGCUGCGGGAGCUGGAGCGGCAGAGCAGCGUCAAGCACACCCCCGAUGUGGUUCUGGACACCUUGGAGCCCCUCAAAACCUCCCCGGUGGUGGCCCCCACGUCGGAGCCCUCCAGCCCCCUGCACACACAGCUCCUCAAAGACCCCGAGCCCACCUUCCAGCGCAGCGCCAGCACUGCUGGGGACAUCGCCUGCACCUUCCGGCCUGUGAAGUCUGUCAAGAUGGCCGCCCCGGUCAAACCACCAGCCACACGGCCCAAGCCCACUGUCUUCCCCAAAACAAAUGCCACUAGCCCUGGUGUCAACUCAGCAGCUUCCCCACAGUCUACUGACAAGUCCUGUACUGUCUGAGGCAUAUAAUUUAAUUGUUCUACACAAGGGGAUUGACUGUUAUUAAAAUCUUCCUAUUUAACUAGCUUGGGGACUUCAGUUGAAAAUUAGAUUCUAAGUUGUUCUUGCAGGAAUUAGCCUCCCCAUCACCCAAAACCUUGAGAAUGAACCCUUCGUUAUCUCCUUUCCCUUCCCUUCCCACUGCCCUCCGCUUCCCCCAGUCGUCGUAAUCCAGCCAGCUGCAGUCCAUGCUGUUCUUAGUUAGCCAGAGACAGAGUUUUUCAUUAUCAGGUCACUGUGAAAUCUGGCGAGGCAAGCAGAAGGACAU